AUGAAAGCGAGGCAGUUCCGCGUUGGGUCUCGGAAAUGGAAAUGGUGGAGAAGGUGGUCAUGGACGCUCAUGCUCACAUUGUCGCUGACCUUUACAUUCCUCUUUCUCAUUCUCCUCGCUCUCCCCAAACCCCACCAUCUCAGCUCCAUCUCUCGCACCACUCACUCAACCCUAGGCCAAGAAGACAACGUGCCAGAGCGCUGGGUUGAAAUUUUCUCCUGGGAGCCUAGAGCUUUUCUCUAUCAUCACUUUCUGAGCAAGGAGGAAUGCGAAUAUCUAAUCAAAAUAGCGAAGCCAAACAUGCACAAGUCAACAGUUGUUGAUAAUGAAACUGGAAAGAGUAUAGACAGCAGAGUACGGACAAGCUCUGGAACUUUUCUGACCAGAGGACGUGACCAAAUUGUUAGCAAUAUUGAGAAAAGAAUUGCUCAUUUUACUUUUAUACCCAUCGAGCAUGGUGAAGGACUUCAAGUUCUCCAUUAUGAAGUUGGGCAAAAGUAUGAACCUCACUUUGAUUACUUUAUGGACGAGUUUAACACUAAGAAUGGGGGUCAGCGGAUAGCAACGGUACUGAUGUACCUUUCAGAUGUUGAAGAAGGAGGGGAGACAGUGUUCCCAGCAGCAAAGGGAAAUUUUAGCUCUGUCCCUUGGUGGAAUGAGCUUUCUGAUUGUGGAAAAGAAGGACUUUCAAUUAAGCCAAAGAUGGGUGAUGCUUUACUUUUCUGGAGCAUGAAGCCCGAUGCAACUUCAGAUCCAUCGAGUUUGCAUGGUAGUUGUCCCGUGAUUAAGGGUAAUAAGUGGUCAUGUACCAAAUGGAUGCGUGUCAAUGAAUUCAAAACAUAA